AUGAGCGACUUGGACGAGGCCGUGACAAGAAAGCUUUCAGGAGGCAAGAAGAUCGUCGAGAAGGUCGCUACAGCCACGGAGACGGUCGCGCCGGCUGAAAAGAAACGAAAGCUCGUGGAUGGUAAUAUCAUGACCAUGUUUGGUGGCAGUAAACCUGCACCAAAAUCCGUUGAGGAACCGUCGACGUCGAGCGAACCUCCUCCACCGGCCGAGCAAGCCAUUCUGGACUUGGAACAGACGAUGGGGAGGGACUGGUAUGAAGCUCUCAAAGACGAGUUUACCAAACCGUACUUUCGGAGCAUUCGUAACUUUUUAAUCGCGGAAACACGCAAAAAGGCGACAAUUUAUCCAAAGACGGAGGACAUUUACAACUGGUCCCGACUCACGCCAUUGGAGGAUGUGCGUGUCAUCAUUCUCGGACAGGAUCCAUACCAUGGCCCUAACCAGGCGCAUGGUCUGGCUUUCUCUGUACUACCACCGACAAGACCCCCGCCUUCGCUGGUUAAUAUCUACAAGGAACUCAAGAACUCGAUUCCAGGGUUCGUGAUCCCAAAAUCUGGUGAUUUGACUCCACUUGCACAAGCCGGCGUCCUGUGGCUGAAUACUUCGCUCACCGUGCGAGCGAGCGAGGCAGGCUCGCAUUCCAAGAUUGGAUGGGACAAGUUUACGCGUGCUGUUAUGGAAGCCGUACUUGCCCGACCCAGCAAGCGAGGCGUCGUCUUCAUGGCGUGGGGUGCACAUGCUCAGAAAGCAAUUGCGGGCUUCGACCAGAAAAAGAACAAGAUCCUCAAAUCCGUUCAUCCGUCACCCUUGUCGGCCAAUAAAGGCUUCUUGGGUUGCAACCAUUUCAAGUUGGCAAACGAAUGGCUCGAAGAGAAGUAUGGAGAGGAAGCAAAGGUAGACUGGACGGCUAUUAAUCCCAAGUAA